AUGCUUUUGUCGCGGAAGGGGCGUUUCGACACUCGAGCGGUUGACGGCCUCCGUGGUUCCGCUGCGUUACACAUCGUGCUGAGCCAGGCCCUACUUCAAAGCGACCUGUCGGCGGAGACAGCUGACAUUUGCCCGGAGGGUUGGGGUCGCGUGGGUGGCUGGUGCUAUGCGCGCGGACGUGACUGCACUCCGAAAACCUGGCGCCGUGCAGAGGAGAUAUGCACAGCGAUGGCCAUCGGGGCCCAUUUGAUGUCCGGUUCAACGCGCGAAAACGGCAUCGCCAUCAACAAGUUGUAUCCCGACGUAGAGAACCGCACUGACUUUUGGACCGGCUUGAAUGACCUCGAGCAGGAGGGCGUUUGGACGUGGACAUCAGGUGCUGAAUCGUCGGUGACUUGGAAGGCCGGGGAGCCCAACAACAACGUCCAUUUACGUAGCGGCGGGGAAGACUGCGCAGCUGCGACUCCAGACGGCACUCUUUUAGACAGGGAGUGCCAGGUGACUUUACGGUACCUCUGCAGCGUGGAGGCGCAGCUCAAGAAAUGCCAGCAAUGCCCGGACGUGUCGGAGGAGGGAUGGGAUGCUCCUCCUUGCCGGCGUGAGGAACGCAUCCGGGAUGGUAUGAUUGGUGCAGGCGGUGGUUGGGUUCCAUGCAGCACUGGCUUGGUAACACUGUUGGGAGGUGCUUCUGUGAGCCUGUUUUACAUCAUCUCCGGGUUUGUGCUAGUGGUGGGCGACCAGCCGGAGCUUGUCGGGGAAGUAUACCAGCCCGGGCAUAAACAUGCUUUCUGGUUGCGCCGAGCAGCACGCGUAGGGCCGACGUAUUUGUUAACGAAUGCCAUUGGCUUGGCCUUCCGAGCGGCGUCGACGCGACUUCGAGUUCCAGACGCUGCAGAUAUCCUGGUCGAGAGAAGAACGCCUGUGCUUACUCACUGGCUGCUGUCAGCUUCAUGUUUGACCUCCUGGGCUUUUCGGUUUCCCAUCGGCAUCAAGGAGACGUGGACCGUCUCGACGAUGCUCUUCUUCUACGCCUGCUUCCCCUUCCUGGCCCCGGCGCUGCAGAAGCUGCAGCUGCGGCAUCUCCGCCCCGUGGCCUGGGCCAUGUACGUGCUCCAGGCAGUGGCCAUGUGCUCGGCCGCGCCGCUAACAUUGAGUCAGCUGGGCCACAGCGGCUACUGGAUCCGCAUGUUUCCACCCGCACGUCUGCCCGUCUUCAUCAUGGGCGUGUGCGCGGGCUUCGCCCGAACCCGCGCCGGGCAAGGCGAGACCGUGAGCGAAGCCGUGCCCGCCGUGCCCGCCAGCGGCGUUGCCUGGGGAAGCAGGGCAUGCUUGCCGGGUUGGUUCCUGGCCAUGGCGUGGAUGGGUCUCACGGCCGCGGCCACCGUGGUGACGUACUUCUGCUCGGUGCGCCUCUUCCCGCUCCAGUUCUACCUGGAAGUGUUCUUGCCCAUCCUAUUCUACGAGCUCAUCCUCGCAAUCACCAGCGAAGACCGCCUGUCCGGUUUCUUCCGGUCCAGGCCCUUGCGGUUCCUGGGAGGUAUCUCCAUGUGCAUCUACAUGGUCCACCCGCUCGUCAUGGAGGGCGUGGCCCUCGCCCUGGGCAAGAAUCUGCAGGUCAAGUCCCUGCCCUGGUGGACCUUGCUGGUGGCCGUGCCGUCCUCGAUUGUGCUGGGCUGGCUGCUCACAGCACUCUUCGAGAGGCCCGUCUCCAGGUGUUUGCGGCCCAGACGCAAGGUUGCUCGGACUCAGUUUGUUCAGGAGGAUGGCACGAGCGCCAUGCAUCUGGGGGCGGACCAGUCGCAGCGAGAUGACUCGUCUGCUUUAGGUGCACCCGCAUCCGCCGCAUCUCCUGAAGUGUCGCGGUCCACGAGAGUUCCAUCCUCCUCUUUGGGCACCAGAUUCACAUCUCAGGCUGGGAGCUCCAGAGGAGUUGCGACCAGUGACUAA